CUUUUGUGCCUGUUAGUGUUGGCGUGCGAGCGCGCAUGUGUGAAUGAAUGUCAUUUUUGCGAUCUCUCUCUUCUCUCGCGACGCGUUUUUAUUCGGUUCCUUUUUCACCUUCUUUUUCUUUUUUAUGCGUCUCUGUGCUUCGCACUCAUAUCCCCUGAUAAUAAUUGUACUCGCGCCCGGUUACUCGCUGGCCAUUCGAGCCGCGAGUGCCCGGCGAUCAUACCGGUUUGUUGAGGACAUUUGAGCUUGUGGUGCUGCCCGACUGGGAAAGAUCUUGUCGGCUUCUUGUGCGGUUCCGAUUCGGACAAGCGUGGUUGUGUUUUCUGCCGACAGACUUCGUUCAUUACUCAAAUCUCAAGGCGACUGGCUGGUAAUGCACCUCGGACUUAAGGCUUGCGGUGUGCUUCUUGAACUCGAAAUUAUUGAGUGCGCGUGAAAUUUUUGUUUGCAUUAGCGGUUAAAAGGUCCUCGGCCAUAUAGUCGUGGUCCGGAGCUAUUUUUGGCAAGGUUGGAUCUUUGAGAUUCCGACUGGAGGAAGCUGGAAAGGGCAAGACCAAAACAGACUUUCGUUGAUUUAAUCUACAUUCAGAGUUUUCCAAUCUCAUCUCAUAUUUUUCUUUCUAUUCUGGGUCCUGCAUUGGCCAAAUUGAGAGAAAAUUGCUCUCCAUAUUGUUGUAGAAUAAGGAGAAAAGGCUUGUAUUUAAUUCGGGUUUGGUUGGUUUUUAGUCGGUGGGGUUACUGGUGUGAAGGGAUUCGACAGAGAUGUGCAGGACAGAAAGGACUGAAAAGAAGUGCGAAAAUUUUGGUGAGAAGAGAGAUAAGCUUAGAGGAAGCCUUAUGGGAUUGAAGACAUUAGGGGAAAAUAGAGGGGAGAAGCUGAAAAAUUCCAUGGCAGUGUCUUCAAGGUCGAAAAUGAAGCUGUGGAUGAUACGUGCUACCACUUCGGUUUUACUUUGGACGUGCAUCGUUCAGUUAACGGCUUUGGGUGAUAUAUGGGGUCCAAGAGUUCUGAAGGGCUGGCCUUCUUGUUUCACACACGAGUCUGCGGCCGUGGUGAUGGAUGCCGAGUUGCCUUCUACCCCUGUCAGAGUUCUCCCACCUAAGAGAGUUUAUAAAAAUAAUGGUUACCUGAUGGUCUCAUGCAAUGGAGGACUGAACCAAAUGCGAUCAGCGAUUUGUGACAUGGUAGCAAUUGCAAGAUAUUUGAAUGUCACACUUAUUGUACCAGAACUGGAUAAAGCCUCCUUCUGGGCUGAUCCCAGUGAGUUCCAAGAUAUAUUCGAUGUGGAUCAUUUUAUUACUUCAUUGAGAGAUGAGGUGCGGAUAUUAAAAGAGUCCCCAAGACUUAAGCUGAGAGUGGAGCAGGGUUUAGAUUACAGCAUGCCGCCAAUUAGUUGGUCUGAUAUAUCUUACUAUAAGAACCAGAUUCUACCUUUGAUACAAAAGUACAAAGUUGUCCAUCUGAAUCGAACUGAUGCUCGACUGGCUAAUAAUGGUCAACCCUUGGAUAUUCAAAAACUGCGUUGUCGAGUUAAUUUUAGUGCUCUGAGGUUUACUCCUCAAAUAGAGGAGUUGGGUAAAAAGGUGAUCAGGCUUCUGCGGCAAAAUGGUCCAUUCCUGGUACUUCAUUUGAGGUAUGAGAUGGAUAUGCUGGCAUUUUCUGGGUGUACUCAAGGUUGCAACAGUGAUGAGGUGGAAGAGUUGACAAGAAUGAGGUAUGCUUACCCUUGGUGGAAAGAGAAAGUAAUUAAUUCUGACUUGAAAAGAAAAGAUGGUUUGUGUCCUUUGACACCUGAGGAAACAGCCCUUACGCUUAGGGCCCUUGACAUUGAUCACAACAUUCAGAUCUACAUUGCAGCUGGGGAGAUAUAUGGCGGGCAACGGCGAUUGGAAACUCUUGCAAAGGAUUACCCGAGACUGGUCAGGAAGGAGACACUGUUGGAGCCAUCUGAACUUCAGUUCUUCCAAAAUCAUUCAUCCCAGAUGGCAGCAUUGGAUUACCUUGUAUCAUUAGAGAGUGAUAUCUUUGUCCCCACUUAUGAUGGAAACAUGGCCAAAGUAGUAGAAGGUCAUCGCAGAUAUCUUGGGUUUAAGAAGACAAUUUUAUUGGAUAGAAAGCUCCUGGUUGAUUUGAUAGAUCAGUAUCACAAUGAAGUAUUAAACUGGGAUGAAUUCUCUUCAGCCGUGAAGCAAGCUCAUGCCGGUCGCAUGGGCAAUCCAAGCAAAAGAAUAGCAAUACCCGAGAGGCCGAAAGAAGAGGAUUAUUUUUAUGCCAAUCCUGAGGAAUGCUUAGAACACUCAGAAGAUGAUCCAUUUAGAAGUACGUGAGGAAUGUGUUUGGAAAAAUAAUGGGAUUUACCUGUGUCUCUACCUGGUGCACCUGGAUUUUCUACCACGGAUACUGAUCUACACAGUUUCUGGCUCUCAGCCAAGAUGAUGGCUUUUUCUCUCAGAAGGGGCUGUUGAACUUUAAGGGUAUAUAGACUUUGAAUGAAAGCUCAGGGAAGUUUAACUGAAGCAACAGGCGGGAAAUAGUUUAUAUAUAUAUAUAUAUAUAUGCAAAUAAUCCAAUCACAUUCAUGUAUAGAAGCUACCCUGACAUUGCGGGGCGAGAGCUUAGUAAAGCGCAUUGUACACGAGAGAGAUUCUUAUACAAAUUUGGAUUAAUGGAACCUGCAGUUCUUGGAA